UUAAGCAUUUAGUAUUUUGAAACAUCAUCAACAAUGUUUAGCAUUAUAUAACCAAUUGAUGGACAAGAACUCCAAACCCCACCCGUCUAACCGUGUAAGAAUAGCAUCAAGGAUUGGUCACACGGCAGAUGCAUAGCUGCCACCAUAAUUUUUUAUUCUUGAAGCAAAGCAUAGCUGCCGCCAAAACUUUUUCUUAGACAAAGUUUGAUCCUCCUUCAUUGUGAAAGAUACAGCUACCACUUUUUCUUAGGUUUUAAGGUAGACGACCAACAGUUGUCAGAAUCUGAGAGGGCACUUGGUCUCUGUGAUUUUCUUCCACGAGAAUUUUCUGCUUUCAAAACCACGUCUCCUUGAUUUUAAAAGGGGAAGGUGCGAAGCCAAAUUCUAGUAAAGAUACAUCCAAGCUGCUCCUGGGAGAUUUUUUCCCAGUCCCUAACGAAUAGUCAGACAGUACGAGUUGGUUACCCACAAAGCCGAACUUCAGAACCCUCCCAUGUAAGCCUCGCAGCAAAUUACGGAUGUCUCCUGGUUUGAACAUCUUCAGGUCCAACCUGGCCUAGUUCAUUGAAUAAUAACCCGUAGGAAAUUAGGAAGGGUUGGUCACCCACAUAACCGAUUUCUCAUUUGCCUAAUCUUGCAUCAGGUUCCUAUAAAUACCGUAUCCCUUUCUCCUCCCCCCAUCAAGCUAAUCAAACAUAAUAGUUACCAAGAGAUCUUCACCUUCCACGAGCAUUUCCAUCGCCUAACUGGAGAUUCAAUGGCCCACGCAGCGAUGUCAAUGGAUUUGGCCGUGGUCCUUGUGACCAUGCUUUGUGCACGAGCCAUGGCUCAAUCAGAUUGUACAAGUGUUCUAAUCAGCAUGUCACCGUGCCUAAAUUACAUUACAGGCAACUCCUCAACUCCAUCCUCACAAUGCUGCACUCAGCUAGCUAGUGUUGUUCGCUCAUCACCCCAGUGCUUGUGCCAAGUUCUUAAUGGGGGCGGCUCAUCGCUAGGGAUCAAUGUCAACCAAACUCAGGCUAUAGCCUUACCUGGUGCUUGCAAAGUGCAGACUCCACCCAUUAGCAGCUGCAAUGGUGCCUCUCCAGCUGACUCACCCGCAGGAACAUCAGAAACUCCAAGCUCCCCUUCAGGAACUGGAUCCAAAACUGUACCAUCAACACAAACAGAUGGAACAUCAGGUGCAAGCUCCAUCGAAUUCUCAAUCCCUUUACUGCUCCUCCUUCUCUUUGCUGCUUCAUAUGGUUCAGCCUUCACAAAGGUUUUCUGAUCAGGCAGUCAGAACCUUUCUCUAAACCUUGCAUCUCGCAUAUUCUUGGUCAUUGUUGUAUUUUAUAAUAUAUUACCGAGUGCCAUCUUGGUUGAGGGUGCAUGUAUUGUUUAUUUUUUGUGACAUCUUAAGAGAUUGGUGUAGUUUUGUAUU